AUGGAUGUAGAAACGGAGCGUUUCGUUAAAAGCUGUAAGGAGUGUACCUUGGUUUCGUCUUUCGUGGCCCCUGAACCGUUGGUGAGGACACAGAUACCGAAUAGACCUUGGGUUGACAUUGCGGUGGACUUUAUGGGUCCGCUGCCAUCUGGCCAUAAUCUUUUGGUUAUUAUCGAUUACUUCAGCAGAUUCGUCGAGGUUGUCAUAAUGAAGGAGAUAUCAGCCAGGAAUACGAUUCAAGCUCUGCACGAAACAUUCUGCAGAUACGGCAUUCCGCAAUCUAUUAAGACAGAUAAUGGCCCACAAUUUAUAAGUGAGUCACUCCAAAGCUUCUGUACUGAAUUCGGGAUCGAGUUACGUAAAACUACUCCAUAUUGGCCUCAGGCCAACGGAGAGGUCGAGCGAGCAAAUAGAUCUCUGAAGAAAAGACUACAGAUUAGCCAAGAAUCAACUACAGUUGAUUGGAAGUGGGAUCUACGCAUAUAUCUGCUUAUGUACAAUUCUACUCCACACUCUACCACGGGAGUAGCACCUUCAGCACUGAUGUUCGGUAGAGUGCUUCGGGAUAAACUCCCAGCGUUCCCAGUAGAAGUAGCCAGAAAGUCUAUCGAAGAAAUACAGGAUACAGACCGAGAGAAGAAGCAGAAAGGUGCGGAGUAUGCCGACAGAAUACGUAAUGCCACACCUAAUUUACUGAAGGAAGGAGAUACUGUUGUUGCGAAAAGGAUGACGAGGGACAACAAGCUGUCAACGAAUUUCAGUCCGGAAGAAAUGGAGGGUAUAAUAUAA